GGGCUGGGCCGACAGCUUGAGGACGCACAGCUGCGAGGAGGGAGUCCGGGCAGGGCUUUACCCGAGGACCCCCAGAGCUGGCGGAAGCUGGACCCAGAGGUACCUGGGGCCCCAGGCCCUGGGGUGGGGUUACUGGAGGAGGUAGGUAGGCUUCCAAGAAGGUAAAAAGGAGUUUCCCCGGGAAGCUGGGACUCCUGAAGAGACAGAGGAAUGAGGGAAGGGGAGUAGGAAGAGCCGUUGGAGCGAUACUGCAAAUAGAUAUAACACCAUGACUGCAGAAAAGGAAAGAAUGGGGGGUCGAGGGGAGGCGGUGUUCAGUCUAGGAUAACGUUAAGUUGGGUACUGUAGUUCAGUCUGCCUAGGGUCAGAGUCUCAGAAGCCAUUAACAGAACUGGGUAGGACCUAGGCUGCUUGCCUGGGCUUCGCUGGGCCGUCUUUGGAGAUCCACCCUGCACCCUAAAGACUUCUGUGGCUCCUUGUGACUCUUGCAGCCCCACUGGUGGCCCUUUCCCUGGGCCGGGUCAUGCGUUGCCGCAAGUGCCAGCUCUGCCUGUCAGCACUGCUCACACUCCUGGGCCUCAAAGUAUACAUCGAGUGGACAUCCGAGUCCUGGCUUAAAAAGGCUGAACCCCGGGGCGCUCUGCCCAGUCCCACACCACCCAAUGCUGAGCCCACUCUGCCCACCAACCUCUCAGCACGCCUGGGUCAGACUGGCCCACUGUCCUCUGCUUACUGGAACCAGCAGCAGCGGCAGCUGGGAGUCCUGCCCAGUACGGACUGUCAGACUUGGGGGACUGUUGCUGCCUCGGAGAUCUUGGACUUCAUCCUGUACCCCCAGGAGCUUCGGCGCUUCUUGCUGUCGGCGGCCUGUAGGAGCUUUCCACUAUGGCUGCCUGCAGGAGAAGGCAGCCCUGUGGCCAGCUGCUCUGAUAAGGAUGUACCCUACUUGCUACUGGCUGUCAAAUCAGAACCAGGACACUUUGCAGCACGGCAGGCUGUGAGGGAGACCUGGGGCAGCCCAGUUGCUGGGACCCGGUUGCUCUUCCUGCUGGGGUCCCCCCUAGGAAUGGGGGGGCCUGACUUAAGAUCACUGGUGACGUGGGAAAGCCGGCGCUAUGGUGACCUACUGCUCUGGGACUUCCUGGAUGUUCCCUACAACCGGACACUCAAGGACCUGCUGCUGCUGACCUGGCUGAGCCACCACUGCCCCGAUGUCAAUUUUGUCCUGCAGGUUCAGGAUGAUGCCUUUGUGCACAUCCCAGCCCUACUGGAGCACCUGCAGACUCUGCCACCCACCUGGGCCCGCAGCCUCUACCUGGGUGAGAUCUUCACCCAGGCCAAACCGCUCCGCAAGCCCGGAGGACCCUUCUAUGUGCCGAAGACCUUCUUUGAAGGGGACUAUCCAGCCUAUGCGAGUGGAGGUGGCUAUGUAAUCUCAGGACGCCUGGCACCCUGGCUGCUGCAGGCGGCAGCUCGCGUGGCACCCUUCCCCUUUGAUGAUGUCUACACUGGCUUCUGCUUCCGUGCCCUGGGCUUAGCACCCCGUGCCCAUCCAGGCUUCCUCACAGCCUGGCCAGCAGAACGUACCAGGGACCCCUGCGCCGUGCGAGGCCUGCUCUUGGUGCAUCCAGUCAGCCCUCAGGACACCAUUUGGCUCUGGAGACAUCUGUGGGUCCCAGAGCUCCAGUGCUGACCGGCAGAGACAAGCUGGGGUGGGUGGGUGCUGACCUGGCCUGAGUCUCUCCUAGAGACAAGCUGGGGUGGGUGGGGCUGACCUGGCCUGAGUCUCUCCUAAACCCUUCUUAGCCAAGGUGGCAGACUGUGUUUAUCUACUUUAUGGUUUUGAAAAAUGUGUCCUUCCUACUCC